ACUCAAGAACUGAUACCUCUUUUUAACAGAGAAUUCACCAUGAAAGACUGAAUAAUUAAAAUUGUGAGCAUAGCAUGAUCUGCUACAGGUAAAUACUCCAUUGCUUUUGAGCUACUCACCUUCUAUUUAGCUGUUUCUGACCAGAUGGUAACAUAUCUACGCAAUGUCUGAGGACUUCUCUGUGAGUCUUACCUUUGAGAACACCCUCUAAAGUAAUAGAUUUGAUUUAUUGAAUGCCCACAUGUACCAGACAGUCUUGUAUACUUUAUCUUUAUGUACCCAUUGACUUCUCAGAGCAACCCUGUGGACUAGCAACCCUCUGCCUGUUCUGCAGAAUUAGAAGGUGUUAAUCUGAGCUUUGUCUGAAUGUGAUGUCUGGAGACUGUUUCCCUGCCAUCUAUACAUAAUCCAGCGCGGGGUCAGUGAUGCUAGUUUGCACUGGCUGGCCUGGUGUAGGACCUGCACACAAAGAACACCGACCUGCCCUCCUAUAGGAACAGGGAACGAUACAACGUAUAAUGUAUUUGUCCACAUCCACAAUUUAGGCCACAGACUGCUCAUGUGCCUCCCUAUCUGGAUACUGAAUAAGCUUCAGUGCCAUAUGACCAUAGCAGAGGCGCUCAGAGUUCAGAAGUCAGGGCUUGUUGCAAAAAUUGGAAUUUCUAAGGUAAAGCAGAUUAAGAAGCUUUUGACAGAGUAGUCCUGUUAGGGAAGGCGUUGACAAAGCUGUGGGACCAAGGGAGAGGAACUCUGUGUUAUCAAUAAUAGGAUAUGAUCUGGCGCUGUUGUGUCUUUAAAUUCUAUGUAAAUAUUUACAAAUUAUUCAAGUCCAAAUUGAAAUUUGCUAUGAACUAAACUCUUUUUUUGGAGGGGAGAUGGUCUGGCAGGCACUUAGUAGAAAAGUUAUUUUUCAAAUAUUCUUUCAAUUUUUUUCUCCUUUUUCCCCCUUUUGUUAGUUUUGAGUGUCAGUCUACUAACAAGUGAAAGAAAUCAUACUAUCAGGAUGCUGCUUAGCUUCCUUAAAGUGGAAAGAGUCCUCCGAAUCUUUCUAUCAUGUCCUGUACAAGGGCCAUGUCAUUUCUAAAGACUAUGUAAAUUGAAACUGGUCCUACUGCUAGCCCUGCUUCACAGUCAGUGGGUAUUUUUCCUUUGUUUUUCUUUGACAGUUUUUUUUUUUCAGAAUAAUAAAUCUCCCCAAUCUGAAAGCAUUUCACAUACUAGUUUAUUCUGCUCACUGGUGUUGCAGCCAGAAUGACACUCAGCCUCCCCAGUGACUUCACAAUCACCACUAGUUCCCUGCUUAACUCUCUUUUGUUCCUCAGCCUGAUAAUGAAUUGUCCUUUGCUUCGAAGAUGUGUCAUUUUUCUCCCUGACCUUUUUGUUCUUUUCCUGAGGGCUGCAGGGUGCGCUGCGGCUGACAUGAUGAGAGCAGGCACUUGGGUGCCAGCCCCCUCCCAUCCCUGUGGCAGCCUCUAUGGGCUUCUUUCCCAAGCCUUUGAAUCCUCUGCUCCCUGAACCUCCUGCUUGUAAUUCUCUUCCCAUAGUUCCUGAGCCUCUAGCUGGCCUGUCUACAAAAUCUCUUCAAGUACCUUCAAAGAGGGCUUGAUGUGUUGAAGUCCCCCCAGUGCUCAGGCCUCGUUCCAUCAUCUGUCUGUGUCCUCUGUCACUUUAAAGCAGAUACUCAGGAGCUUCCUUGGAAUCCUCCCUAAUUCCAGUCCACAGAAGGCCUAGAUUUUCACUCUGGAGCUUAAAGUUAGGAGACACCAGCAUAGUGAAUGCUCAUUCCACAAGUAGGAAAGCAAAAUGUGUAAACUCAGCAACUUUCCUUGCAUCACAGUAUACACAUUUCUAAUAAUGUACACAUUAUUAGAAAUUUUUAUUUUCUUCUGAGCCUGUAUUUGUCUAAGUAGCAGACUUGUAGAUGCUGCAGAAUGAACCAGGUGUCCAGAAAUACUGUUCUUCGGAGGCAAAUGCCUCAAUCAUCCACUGAACAAGUAAAUUGAGUAUUUCUUAUGUGACAGGUGACCACAGCACUAAUGGGAAGCAAAUGCAAUCCAGGUUUCUGCCCUCAGGAAGCGCAGCCUUUAGUAGAAAGACAACAUAAACCAGUGAAAACAGCUCAUUAAAACUCCUCCAGAGGGUAACUGUUCCAUGUAUCACAGGGUAUUGGGAGGUAUGGUGUUAACUGGCUAGUAGACGGGGAAGGCCUCAACCCUGAGGAACUGUGGCAUGAGACUAAUUCAGGACCAGUCUGAAAUUUGAGGCUUACUUUUUUCCUCCAGCAGCCAAAUCCUAUUAAUUUACUACUAUCUUUGGCCCUUUGGAGUAUUGCGUAAGCCAUGAUAUAACCUCUGGGGCCAUUUUAGCAGAUAAUGAUUCCUGUAUACAGAGUCCAGAAUUGAUUUAUCUACCUGUGUCUUUGAAGCUUGAUAAAAACAGAUUGCUAAUUGCCAAAAGUACUAUUAACUUCCAUAGUUGGAAAAAAUGAAAGUAACAUUCUUACUUUGAACAUAAUGUAGGGUCAUUCUGACAGCAUUUGAAUGAUCAGGAGCUGCACAGACAGUCCCUUGCAGUUGGCUGAUGUGUGUGCCACCUAGCCAAGGACCUUAGUGAAAAUGUAAAUAUAGCUUCUGUCUGAAGCCCCCACCUAUUCCAGAACAAGGAUGGUCUCCAUCUGCAAACUGAGGAUGAUUAUCUAGACUUUUUUUUGGAAGCACAAAGACCUUUUUAGGAAUGUUGAUAGUAUCUGUGUAAAAUCAGUUGAUUACAGGAGUCAGUCUCAGUUUUCUUUUCUUUCAGUGAUAGCUAAGCAGCCUUGAGAGCUUCCUAUGUGUGUUGUUCGUAUGAAGUCACUUAACCCUUACAGAUACCCAGAGUAAAGUGUGAUCAUUGAAGCCGAAGCAGUGAGGUCGCCUGCAUUGGGGUUGGACACUAAGUGUCUGAUUCUAGAGCUGCCCUCUGAGCCAUCACACUGUGCCUCCUGCUUUCCUUCAUUUGAAGUUGGAGCCUGCUGUAGCAGGUCUUGGAAGGGUAAAUAUAGGACAUCCUGAACUAUUGGAUGUUAUGUUGUAGCCACCUGAAAAGUAAAACUGAAAAAGUAAUUUCUCAGGGAACCUGAGUGUCUCUUGUCACGGACACAAUUGAUUUCGUCAGAUUUUAGUGAUCGUUGAGGGAUCAGAAAGUAGAUGUGGUGACGUGGAAAAGCAAAAGGUAGGAAGGACAUUAAUCCGUGGCUCUGUUCCCUGUGUUUAUCUGCAGCUCAGACUCUAACUUUCUUGUUAGGUAAAGAAAUCUUUUUGGCUUUCUUUUUUUUUUCCUUGUUUCAGUGGGGAGGGAAAACGUGAAAGCAACUAUUCCUCUAAUAGGUAGCGUAGCUAUUCUACCCUGGAGGAAGAAUUUCAAUCGGAACCAAUUCUAUUAAAGCUCCUAAUUGGAAAUGUUAGCUACCAGUAACAAAUACAUGUAGGUAACCUUUGUUCUCAUUCUAGUCAAUUUCAGGAAAAGAUUACCUUGCCAUUUUAGCAUGUUGCAACUUUCAACUGAGAGUUGAAUGAUUUUGAAGGACUCAGCCAGGCAGUUAGUUUGGCAGUGCCCCCAGUUACCUUGGUUUGCAGGAUCACUGUUCAGAGUGCUGACUCAGCUUCACUCUGCCUGGGCUGGACACCAAGUUGUCAUCUCUAGUCAGGAGGCAUUACUCUUAGGAGCUGCUUGAACAUUAAGCACAUGUUAGAAGCUCAGCUUGGGAGAUGAUCAAGUGUAUGAAUGUACUAUGCAUAUUUUUCAGCAUUUAGUUCAGAUUUUGGAGCUGGCUAAAUGGGGAGAUGCUUAGUAUGUCAGUGUUGGAGGUUUUAAGUGAUUAAAAAAAUCAAGCAGAUGAGUGCAUAAAGAUUUCUAUGCAAACAAUGAUGAGCUUAAAUUAAAGCUGCUGAUUUAGUGUGAGAAUUACUUGCAUUGAUUUGUAGAAUAUCUAUAUGGGUUCAAGAUUCCAUAUUAUGCAAAUGAAUAAGCCCUGAAGAGUCAAACUGAAAAAAAAAUGAAAUUAACUGUGAAAGAUAUUAUUACCCAUUCAGCAAGAAGAAAAUGUAGACAUACCGCGAGUUAACCCUUACUUUUCAUGAAUCCUUCUGGGGAUACCAGCAGGGAUGGUGAUCUUUCCUUGUCUGAAUUACAAAGAAGGAAAGCAAGUUUGCUGUCAGUUUUAUUAAGGUCCUUUUUUCUCUUCUUUCUUCCUGACUUUGUGUUCUGCUGCCUUUUGGUCACUCAGUACCUUAAUUAGCUCCUUUCCUCUUCUCCUCAAAUCAGUCUCAAGGAUUUUAGGAGCAUAACUUUACUAAGAUAUAAAUAACUGAGCACACCUUGUAUAUUACUUUUCUGAGAUAUCAGCAUAUUAAUAGGGGAUGAAGCCAAAGAAGUAAGACCUUAAAGAUAAAAAUAAUGGAAUUUUAUGUUUUAGCCAGAUAAAAAGAGUACAUUUUUGAAUGAAGAGAGGGUCUUUACUAGCCUAACCCUGAACAGAGAAUAUAGACAAGUAAGUAAGAGCAUAUGAGCCACAGUCAUAUUAAAAGUAUAAAGAGCAAAUGAUUUUUAAUAAUACGUUUGUUAGUAAGCGUCACCUUGUUCUUGGCAGACAGUGGAUUUGAGCAUACAGUAUAGACCUAUCUAGCAAGGCAGAGAGUUACGUGACAUUUAAACAAAACCGUAGGGAAAAUGCACUUGUUCUGGGAAUAGGGAUUUGUAUCAGUUAGUGGCUAUGACUCUGAGAUUCUCUGUUAUCUUUUAUAUUGAAUCUUGGCGGGGAGAGCAGCUCUUACCUUGCCUCUCUACUGCAGUUUCACUGAUGAAAAUCGAGUCGAUGAAUUUAUUUCAAAAUUGGCAUGCCACAUACUGUUAGCAUGGUGGUGACAUUUGGAUAUUAGGAAAAGUUGACUAAUGAAACGCUGCUUAUUUUAGAUAUUGUUGCCUGGUAAACACCCAAUUGUGAACAAUCUGAGCUUCCGUCCCCUACCAUCCAGCCCAACACUCUUCAAGCAACCAUGCUAUGUUGGGUUGAUGGCGCCAUCUAGUGCCAGUAUGUGAAAAUGUCUGCUGGACUGCACUCCUCUCGAUGUGGCUCAUCUCGGAGUCCUCUCUGUGAAAGAGCACUGUCAGUUGAGCCUCCUUGACAGUCUGAAUUUUCCUUUGUCUUCAUAGUUCCUUUCUCCCACAUUUCAUUUCUUCUGUCUGCCUGUCUCUAGUGACUCCUCUUUGUAACUCCCUUUUCUGUCAUCCAACUGUUGAUUAGUUGUUUAAAGCACACAAAAUUCUGUAUUCAUUGACAGAUAUAAACAAUUUUCUCAGGAUACUUCAUACCAAAGUAAGAGGACACCAUGCACUUUGAAGUGAAAUUAACCUUUUAAACUAUAUUGAAGAAUCAGAGUGAAGCUAAACAUGAAGUGCAGAAGACUCACUUAGAAAACUGUUCUCCUCCUCCUCUCUAAUUAGAUGUUUCCUCCACCACGGUAAAAGGUUUUCCUUUCAUUGGGUUUAGAGCUCCCCUCAGAGCAUGGUUUUCUCCUUUAAAAGUGAAGAUGUAGUUUCUCAUAUUUUAAAUUAUAAACGUCUUCAUGGACUGCCCCAGGACAUUACCAAAUGGGUGUGGCACCGUUUCUGUGAGAAAAUGUAUUCUGGUUGCAAACCAGUUCUCUGAGUUUUUGGAUCUGGUAGUAAAUGAGAUGACAUUGAUAGAAGAUGUGUAGGACAGAGUGUGUUGUGCGAUCUCUGCAUAACGUCCGUGGGACCCAAUUAGUGUGUAGGUUUAAGACUCCCACAUUGAACAAUGAAUUUUUAAUUUCCACUUAUGUUAAACAUUUGACAUUGUGGGUUUGAAAGUAAGUCCCUUCUGAAAAACAGGAACUGUGCUCGCCUGUUACCAGUUCUUGUGGUCGAGAUGGCAACUAUUUUGAUUUUUCAGAAGAGAGGAAAAGCUGUUAAAUCUAGUUAAAAUUACAAGCGGUUAAAAUUAACUGGCUCAUGAGAUUUGAAUGCAGCUGUUCCACACACAGAAAUGAGGCUGCCUGCUUCACCAAGCGAGGGCUCCAGGAAUAAGGAGAAUCUUCAAAAGCUGCCUCUCAUUGUGAUAUGUCUUGUCCUUUGCUCCCAUCCCUACAGCAUGAACAAGGUGGACAGUUACUGACUUACCACAAGAUUGCCCUGCAAAACUUUGGGGUCCAUGUCUGAAUGGAUUGCUGUAGGCUUCUCAUCUCUCCCUUCGCCCAGUUCCCCGCAUCCUAAGACUCGAAGCCAGGACAGGACCUGGAAAAAUUAUAUGGUGUGAACGGCAUGUCUGUGGAUGAGAAGCCUGACUCCCCCAUGUAUGUGUAUGAGUCCACAGUCCACUGCACCAACAUCCUCCUGGGCCUCAAUGACCAGCGGAAAAAGGAUAUUCUCUGUGACGUGACUCUGAUCGUGGAGAGGAAGGAGUUCCGAGCCCACCGGGCUGUGCUGGCCGCAUGCAGCGAAUACUUCUGGCAGGCGCUGGUUGGACAGACAAAAAAUGACUUGGUGGUCAGUUUGCCUGAAGAGGUCACGGCCAGGGGCUUUGGGCCGCUGUUACAGUUUGCCUACACUGCCAAGCUGUUACUCAGCAGAGAAAACAUCCGCGAGGUCAUCCGCUGCGCUGAGUUCCUGCGUAUGCACAACUUGGAGGACUCCUGCUUCAGCUUCCUGCAGACCCAGCUCCUGAACAGCGAGGAUGGCCUGUUCAUGUGCCGAAAAGACACUGCAUGCCAGCUCCCACAUGAGGACCAUGAGAACUCUGCAGGAGAGGAGGAAGAGGAAGAGGAGGAGACAAUGGAUUCAGAGACAGCCAAAAUGGCUUGCCCCAGGGACCAGAUGCUGCCAGACCCCAUCAGCUUUGAGGCCACUGCCAUCCCAGCAGCAGCAAAGGAAGAAGCCUUGCUACCCGAGUCUGACACACCCACAGACACCAAGGAGAGCUCGGAAAAGGACACACUGACACAGUACCCCAGAUACAAGAAAUACCAGCUUGCAUGUACCAAGAAUGUCUAUAAUGCAUCAUCACACAGUACCUCAGGUUUUGCAAGCACAUUCAACGAAGAUAACCCUGGCAACAGCCUUAAGCCAGGACUUGCAGUGGGGCAAAUUAAAAGUGAGCCACCCAGUGAAGACAAUGAGGAAGAGAGCAUCACACUCUGCCUGUCUGGAGAUGAGCCUGAUGGCAAGGAGAGAGCAGCGGAUGUCGAGAUGGACUGCAGACAACCCAGCCCUGCAGCUGCCCCUGCCACUCCCACUGGGGCCACCUGCCCGGAUAGAUCCAGGAGUGUGUCCUCGCCUUCCUGCUUAAGGUCUCUAUUCAGUAUAACAAAAGGUGUGGAGUUGUCUGGCCUACCCAGUACAUCUCAGCAGCACUUUGCCAGGAGUUCAGCUUGCCCUUUUGACAAGGGGAUCACUCAGGGUGACCUUAAAACUGACUAUACCCCUGUCACAGGGAAUUACGGACAGCCCCACGUGGGCCAGAAGGAUACUUCCAACUUCACGAUGGGGUCGCCUCUCAGGGCACCUGGGUUGGAGGCUCUCUGUAAACAGGAAGGAGAACUGGAUCGGAGGAGUGUGAUCUUCUCCUCCAGCACUUGUGACCAAGUGAGCACUUUAGUGCAUUCAUAUCCUGGGGUGAGCAGCGUGGACAAAGACCUCUCGGAGCCGGUGCCAAAGGGUCUGUGGGUAGGGGCUGGCCAGUCCCUCCCUAGCUCACAGGCCUACUCCCAUGGCGGGCUGAUGGCUGACCACUUGUCAGGAAGGAUGCGGCCCAACACCAGCUGCCCGGUGCCAAUCAAAGUCUGCCCUCGCUCGCCCCCACUGGAGACCAGGACCAGGACCUCCAGCUCUUGCUCCUCCUAUUCCUACGCAGAGGAUGGGAGCGGGGGCUCACCCUGCAGCCUCCCUCUCUGUGAGUUCUCCUCCUCACCCUGUUCCCAGGGAGCCAGGUUCCUUGCCACAGAACAUCAGGAGCCAGGCCUGAUGGGCGAUGGAAUGUACAGCCAAGUCCGACCCCAGAUUAAAUGUGAGCAGUCUUACGGAACCAACUCCAGUGAUGAAUCUGGAUCGUUCUCAGAAGCAGACAGUGAGUCGUGUCCUGUGCAGGACAGGGGCCAGGAGGUCAAACUUCCUUUUCCUGUAGAUCAAAUCACAGAUCUUCCAAGGAACGAUUUCCAGAUGAUGAUUAAGAUGCACAAACUAACCUCAGAACAGUUAGAGUUCAUUCACGAUGUCCGGCGGCGCAGCAAGAACCGCAUUGCAGCUCAGCGCUGCCGCAAGAGGAAGCUGGACUGUAUUCAGAAUUUAGAAUGUGAAAUCCGCAAAUUGGUGUGUGAGAAAGAGAAACUGUUGUCCGAGAGGAAUCAGCUGAAGGCGUGCAUGGGGGAGCUGCUGGACAACUUCUCCUGCCUCUCCCAGGAAGUCUGCCGAGACAUCCAGAGCCCCGAGCAGAUCCAGGCCCUGCACCGAUACUGCCCGGUCCUCAUCCCCAUGGGCCUCCCUGGAGCCGCCAGUACUAACCCCACUCCCCUGAGUGUGGAGCAGAACAUAGCAGCCUCCCAGUGCGCAGUGGGGGAAAAUGUGCCCUGCUGCUUGGAGCCGGGCGCAGCUCCCCCAGGGGCCGCCUGGGUACCCAGCAGCACCUCUGAGAAUUGUACCUCUGGGAGGAGAUUGGAAGGUACUGACCAAGGAACCUUCUCAGAGAGAGGCCCCCCUCUUGAACCCAGGAGCCAAUCGGUGACCGUAGACUUCUGCCAGGAAAUGACUGAUAAGUGUACGACUGACGAGCAGCCCAGGAAAGAUUAUACCUAGUGACAGAUCUGCCUCUCGGUCCUCACCUCUCCCACCUAGGUGUUCUUCAGUCAGCCCGUGGCACUGUUCAUCUGUUGUCUCGAAGAACCGAGAAGGAAUUGGUGCACACUACAGCAGUCUUAGCAGCAAUAUGUUCUGACAUGUCCCCUCCUCCCUUCAAGCAGGAGUGGUAGAUGGUUCCCUCCACAAUGGUGCUACCCCUUGCUUAGGCAAGGAAGACAACAGUGCCGACACUGUCUGUCUGUGGGUUAAUUUCAGUCUUCACAGGGAUAGACUACAACACCUCUAGGACCCAACCACGGAUUUUUUUUCUCAGUGGCCCAUGUCACAAACCCUAUCUCAGGAAUUUCUUCUGAAUGUUCAAUUUUUUUCAUUGAAGACAGCUUCUAUACACAUCAAAGUUUUAUAGCUAGACUGUACAUAUUAUAUAUAAUAUAUAUAAAAAUAUAUAUAUCCAUAUGCAAAAGUCCUGCAUGCCUCAGUUUUCUCACUCUAAAACUGGAAACUUCAUUUCUCAUUUAUAAGCAGGUCCCAACAUUCCUCUUCUUUUGUCUCUGAUGCUCGAACUAAUUUGGUAACUGUUAACAUCGCUUUCUUACUUAAAUUUAAAUUUGUGCUUAUUUAUGGACACAAUUCAGUGUUGGAAGCUUUUUUUCAAGAUUUAACUUCAGAUUUUUUUUUUUCUGUUUGUUUGGUUUGGUUUUGGCAUCACCAAAUGGUGCUGCGUGAGCAUUGUGGGUUCUUUGUUUGUUUGUUCGUUUGUUUCUUGCAGAUACUGUACAGUAAUGGUCAACUUUGCCACUUGCACUGAGUUUUGGGUCAAACUUAUUUUCUUAAAUGAAGUUGUAUCUUCAUUAAACUCAAGUAUACUGUAUUUCUUUGCUUUUAGUUAAGAAGUAAAACAUUUUAGCGAAUUAAAAAGCACUCAGGUGAUAAUUAUGUAGGAAAAACAAUCUUGCCAAAUAAUGAAUUCAUCCUAGGAUGUGUAGACAAUAAUCUGCUUGAAUAUUUUUAUAUUUCACCUCCUCCCCACCUUUCCCUAAGUAAGUGUAACUGCAGAUAGAGUUCAGAACUGCUGGAUGUUCAGAUCUCUAAGUGGGGAGAGAGUUUGGACACCUUGCUCAAAAGUGAUCAAAACAGCAGGAAUGUGAUCCUGUACCAGAACUCAUCAGACAUUGGAUCCUAGACAUCAAGGCAGAACUGUUUUCUUACCCAGGGAGAACAUCCCAUCCCCUUCUGCACUUCAUCGGGCCUCAGCUUGUUCUUAGAAGUAUUAUGCAGUAGGCCUUCUCAUUUGAAGGACAUGGCUAACCAGCCACCCCGCUUUCCUGCCCCGGAUGACCCCCAGGUCGCUUCACCUGAGGGGAUUUGAGUCGCAGCCUGAGGUCCUGCUUUCCCAUGGCAGCGUCUAGGUUAAUGCAGCUCACUGAAAAGUAUGAGAGAGCAGGGAAGACUUGAGCCGGAGAUUUAUCCCUGACACAGGCAAAUACAUUGCUUUCUCCAUUUCCUCUCCAGAUGCUUUGAGUUGUACUCUGAGGUUUUUCUGCAGGUCUCUUGUCUGAAGCCAGCUUCAUCCUGAAGCUUCGGACAAGAUAUCAUCAGGAGCCCUCGAUACCCUUGUCACACAGACACACACAGAUACUGACACAUACAGACACACACAGAGAGACACACAUGCACGCAUGCACGCACCUCUUACCCUCACGUGAUGAUAAUUUGCUUCUCUUGCUGCAAAAGUGGUUGGUUUGCAACCCCGAGAGAGCAGCUUCCCUGGGCUCUCAGGUUGUGGCCCUUGGCCAUGUUUACAGGAAGGUGUGUCACAAGGAGGAGGAAUGGGUUCCUUCCUUCCUGUGGUCCCCGUCUCCUCUUGAGGAGCAGCCCAAGGGCCACUCCCACCUGGCUGAGCAAGAGAGUCCAGAACAGUUUGAUGUGGGGCUGGGGUGGUGGGCAAUGGGGAAUAGAUGGUUGACUUUGUUUCUUUAUUUGUGCCAUUGUUUGGACAAUAUUAAAGCUGCAUGUAAAUGGAAAAUUUAGUAUAUGAUUAGUGGACGAAAAGUGAAAUCAUAGUAACAUAUGUUUUAGUAUUAACUUUUUUCUGUACAAAUAUUAGCAGUAAAUGUUUAAAUAUGUAUGAAUGUCAGAAGUUUGUUGGUUCAUGCAGUAGGAUGGGGAAAAAAGGCUUUUCUUUCAUAAUAGUUCACUUCUCAAACCUGCCUCUGGGUUUCUGUUUUUCCCUCGUGUGGAUGUAUGUGUGUGUGCUUGUCAGAGACAGAUUUGAUGAAGCUCUGGGUUAGAGCUACUGUUUUUGUUACAGUUUCUGGCAUUCUUAGCCUAGUCGAACAGUUCCGUGCUUCACCAAGGAGGUUUGCCUUUGCGGAACACUGGUGACAACUAGCAUUUUAACUUGGUGUGAAUCGUGGUCCUUCCCAGGUGUGUGUUACGGUGGAGAAGUCAUCAGACAGUAUUUUGUUCUUUAACUCUCUUGUUGCCUUUUUAAGUGACCUCUUCUCUUUCAAAACAAAACAAAAACAAAAACAAAAAGAAUGUUUUCUGCUUGUAUCAUAACCAGGUGCAGAUCAGCUUCUUGACUUGAUUCAUCCUGGUAACAACUCGUGUGCAGCUGGUAGUCUUGACCACAUUCCAUCCGUCUCCCCAGGUUCCUGUUGUCCCGAGGCCCAGACCUGCCGGUGGCCGUUUCCGGGAGCAGAGGGGUCUCUUCGCUUCUCUCUACCCUAACUCAGCCCACUUCUCCCUCCUAGCAGCCCCUUCCUUGUUUUCUCUUUCCCCAUCCAACUCCUGUCAUGGAAAUUGGCCUUUUUUUUCCCCCUAAUUGCUCUACAAGCUGUCAUUCUGUUUCUUAGAUAUUUUUAACAAAUUCCUUCGUUAUCCACCAGUGACUGGCUUUGUGUAAUUGUUCAUAUGACAUCUCCAUGUCUUUUACUAUUCUGAAUCAUUGCUUGUCACGAUCACUUCUGGGCUGAUUCAAAGGACUUGCUGGGGACCAAAUUGCCUCAAGUGGAAUUUAAAAACUUAAUCUGUCUCUUUUUCCUGGCCUCCCUUAGUCAACCUCAUGUCUUUGAGGGAGGGUUGAGAUAGGGUCUUGCUAUGUAGACUAGGCUGGCUUUGAACUCACUAUGUAGCCCAGGCUGUCCACAAACUCAUAGUGAUCCUCCUGUCGCAGUCUCCCAAGUACUGCGUUUACAGGUGUACACCACCACAUCUGGCAACCUCAGGCCUUUUGUAAAGAGGAAAAGCAAAUAAAGAAAAAGAAAUGAAGGACACUCCAAUCAUGCGCUGUUUAGGAGGAUCACUGACAGCCUGGUUGGGUUUCCAACUGGCUGGGAUAAGAAUGGGUUGUUGGAGAAGGGCCAGUGCAGGCACCCCUGACCCUACUUAGUAUAUCCCCUCAAUCUAGUCCUCCCCUAGAUCUGCCUUUGUCCUAUUUGUGUCUCCAGACAAUUUCCCUUCAUUCACAUUAGUCAGGCUGUGGGCAGGCGAGUGCUUUGCUAUAUAUGUUUGCUUCUCUGUGUUAUCUGGGGGUGCCUUGAAUAAAAUUCAACUCCAUUACAUACUGAUUCUGGAACAAAACAGUUACAAAAACUGUAAAAAGAAAACAAAACUGGCAAAGUUGCUAGGCCAUCCUGCUACUUCUCUUCCAGGUUCUCUAGGAACGACUCAGGCGUCAGAGGUGAUGCUGCCGUAGAAAAUGUUAUUGUGUAUGUUGUACAAGUAAUUUAUUGACUGUCUUUCUAAAGGUAUGCUGCUUUUUAAGAUGCACUAUAAUUUUGGAUGUAAUCCUUGUAUUGCUUUUCCAAGGAAGUAAAAAAGCAAAAAGCUAAUGAGUUAGUAUGCCAACUGCCCCUUCUCCUUAAAAAGGAGCUCGAAGACCAUCUACAGCACUUGCAUAAGAGAACUGACUAAAACUGACACUUUGUUUCAACAUUUUGUGAUUGCCAUUAAAGAAGAAAAAGAAGAGGAAAAAAGUCUUUUAAAAGGAGAGGCCUUUUAAGAAGCCUCAAAAUCAUGCCCCCAAGAAGUUGCUCUGCUCCUCUAGAAUAGCUUGAUCGCCUCAGAGUGACUAGAAUCCCGCAAACUUUUUCAAAUCCAUUAUUUGGUGACCUUUUUCUAUACAUUAUGCCCCACUCAGACUUGGAAUUGUCUUAUAAGUUACUUCAAACUGCUUCACUGUUGCUUAUAGUUUAGAAGGAAUCUCAAACCUAGCAGGGAGCAAGAAUCAAGCUUUUCCUUAAGGUACUGAAAAUAGACUGAAGAGCAAGAUUUUCUUCCCAAAAUUGAGGAUUUUGUCGUAGGUUCAGCUUCUGGAAAGUCAGUGCACGAUACAGUGCCCUGUAUGGAGUUGGCAUUCAUAAAAGAAGUCUGUGUGCAUGGAGGCAUUUCAUGUCCAAAGUGUAUGUUUAUAACACAGCCCGAGCCAUCUCAUGACACAGGCAUCAGAGACUGAUGCUGUAGAAUAGAAUAUAUUUGUACACAUAUAGCAUGUGCAAAUGGUAUUUGUACAUAGAAAAAGACUUAUCGUGGCAGAUCAAGAAUAAAUUAUUUAACUGACAGUGCUAAAACAUUACUUGCAAAGAAAAGUAAUUGUAUAGUAUUUUCCUAUACUCCACCCUGGGAGAUAAUAUUUAUAUCAGUGGAUAUCAGUGCAUUUUAAUUGUACUAUGAAAACGAUGCUGCCAUUUUGUGAAGAAUACCCACUUGGUUGCAGAGGCCAAUUUUUGUAGCUUUGAUUUAAUGUUGUGACAUGAUGUGUACAUUUACAAACAAGCAAUGGAUAAACAUCUCUGACUUUCAUUUUCAUUCCAGCUUCUUGACCUCAGAUAAAACAGUGGCCCUUACAAACGCAGAAGUGCACCAAGACCAUUUCAGGUAGACUCGCGUUCAGUGCCAAAUGCUCCCACGGGGAUAAUCAGACAUGUUUAUCAGGAAAGAGUGAAGGGACUUGGACAAAGAGGGGUUUUCCUACAGAUUGAUGUUGAGUCUUCUACCAAAACGUGUCUGGAGGCAGAAGGGUGGCCACCACUUGAGUCCUAACGAGGCAUUCGGGCUUGCAAAUGCUGGGAUGACGGUUCACACUCUACAAGAACCUGGCACUUCUAGUGAGUUAUCAGGAAGACUGCAAAUGCAUUUGGGAGCUUCAGGUGCUUGUUAGACACAGUAAGACGUUCAAGGCAAGAGGGCCUGUGAGAAUUUGUUCCAGAACCAGUCUAAUCCAAGUGCACCUCUAAUAUAUGCCUUACAAACUCCAGAGGCCAUAUUCAAAACAGGGUCUUCUCAGUGUAUGCAAGGGGCUGCAGCCCCUCUUCUCUUCCUCCCCAGGUUGAACAAUACGGACAGUUUCCACACAUAUCUACCUGUAUAACCCUCUGUACCUCUCAUAACUGGUCAACGACUGUAACAGGUUACAUCAGGUGUUUUUCUACAUACUUUUUACACAGAUUCUAUGCGAUUAAUGUAACUUAAUUCAAUGCAUCAUUUUAUUGUACUAGUUCUUAGGCUUGUCAUUUUUUUUUUCUAAGUGAUUGUGGUUUUUCUUGUGGUUUUUAUUGUAAAGAUAAAAUGGCUGUUAAUGCUUAUUCUCUGUAACUAAGAAUUUUUACCUUUUUGGGAAAAAAACAGCAAUGCUAUGAACUAAUGAAACUUCAUUUAUUCAUUGUAAAUACACUAUUGUGCAAAAAAUUUUCACUCAGUUGAAUGGCUAGUGUUAACUGAAUUUUGUCUAGACACCAUUUCUGUUGAUGAAAUAAAGACAUAUCAUUAUGCGUUGUAAA